AUGAAGUUUUUCCUCCAGUAUGUGGGCUGUUUUUUAGCUUUUUUCUCUACUGGGUUUUUGAUAGCAUCUACCUGGACAGACUGCUGGAUGGUGAAUGCUGAUGAUUCCCUGGAGGUGAGUACAAAAUGCCGUGGCCUGUGGUGGGAAUGUGUCACAAAUGUUUUUGAUGGCAUCCAAACCUGUGAUGAGUACGACUCCAUCUUCGCCGAGCACCCUGUAAAGCUGGUGCUGACCAGAGCCAUGAUGAUCACAGCAGACAUCCUGGCAGGAUUUGGAUUUCUCUUCCUUGUUCUGGGACUCGACUGUGUGAAAUUCCUUCCUGAUGAGCCGCACAUCAAGCUGCGCAUCUGCCUGGUGGCUGGAGUCACGCUGCUCCUUGCAGGUCUCCCAGGCAUCACUGGCUCGGUGUGGUACGCUGUUGAUGUCUACGUGGAGCGCUCCUCUCUGGUCUUCCACAACAUCUUUCUGGGCAUUCAGUACAAGUUUGGCUGGUCGUGUUGGCUUGGCAUGGCGGGGUCACUCGGCUGUUUCUUAUCUGGGGCCCUGCUCACCUGCUGCAUGUACCUCUUCAGAGAGACCAGCUCUGGAAGACUCCACUCUUCUUACUCCUUGAGGAAAGGCUACUACUCAGCUGGGACAAUCGUAUCGAACGUGCAUUUGCCAUCCUCACAAACAGCUACGGCCAAAAUGUAUGCAGUGGACACAAGAGUGUGA